GACAUCUUCCCUACAAAAAAAAAUUAUCGAACACGUCAGCGACAUUAAAUUAUUUUUUUAGGACCGCAGUAAAUUCAGAAAAACUACCCAAAUUCUGUAAAAUAUUUAACAAAAAACUAUUAAAAACAAUUCUCAAAUAAUCAAACAAUAUGGUUCUCAUCGCCUCAGCGGUAUGCACCAAGAAUGGCAAAGUCAUUAUAUCACGACAGUUUGUCGAAAUGACCAAAGCCCGUAUUGAAGGUCUACUUGCUGCAUUCCCCAAACUAAUGACCUCCGGCAAGCAACAUACAUUCGUUGAAACAGACUCAGUUCGUUAUGUCUAUCAACCCAUGGAGAAGCUCUAUAUGCUUCUAAUUACCACAAAAGCUAGUAACAUUUUGGAAGAUUUAGAAACACUUCGUUUGUUUUCGAAAGUUAUUCCAGAAUAUUGUCACUCCCUGGAGGAGAAAGACAUCCUCGAUAAUGCAUUCAAUUUAAUUUUUGCAUUCGAUGAAAUUGUUGCUCUUGGUUAUCGCGAAAGUGUCAAUUUGGCACAGAUUAAGACAUUCGUUGAGAUGGAUUCUCACGAAGAGAAAGUCUAUCAAGCAGUUAGAGAGACUCAAGAACGUGAAGCUCGUCAAAAGAUGAGAGAAAAGGCCAAGGAACUGCAAAGACAACGGAUGGAAUCAGCCAAACGUGGAGGUAGCUCUGCCAGCAUGAGUCAUCACAUUAGUUCUAGUUUGGAAGGAUUUGGACCAUCAUCGGGUGGGAUUAGUAGUUCAUCCAUUUCAACACCAAGUAUUGAUUCUAGUGAAAUCAAAUCUGCUCCUAAAGCACAGAAACCAAUGGCUCGUAAUGCGCUCAAAUUAGGUGGCAAAACCAAGGAUGUUGAUAGUUUUGUUGAUCAACUAAAGAGCGAAGGUGAAAAGAUUGCCAAUUUAACUCCAAGUUUAGGUGGAGCUGCUUCAACUACAACCGUCAGGCCAAAACUUAUUUCCGAUGUUCUCACCGAAAGCGUUCAUCUCAAAAUGGAAGAUAAAUUGGUUGUUCGUCUUGGUCGCGAUGGAGGACUGCAAACAUUCGAACUCUCUGGUUUGCUAACACUGAGAAUCUCAGAUGAAUCGUUCGGACGGAUCAAGGUCAAUCUGGAAAAUAAGGACAAGCAUGGUAUUCAAUUGCAAACGCAUCCAAAUGUCGACAAGGAACUCUUCAAAACACGCUCACAAAUUGGACUUAAGAACCCAGCCAGGCCAUUCCCAUUGAACACAGAUGUUGGUGUGCUUAAAUGGCGUUAUACCACUCAAGAUGAUUCAGCUAUUCCCCUUACAAUUAACUGUUGGCCAUCAGAGAAUGGUGAUGGUGGUUGUGAUGUCAACAUUGAAUAUGAACUUGAGGCACAGCGCCUUGAAUUGCAAGAUGUUUGCAUUGCUAUUCCCCUGCCAUUGAAUAUUCAACCAUCAGUUGGUGAAUAUGAUGGAACAUAUAAUUACGAUUCUAGAAAACAUAUUCUUCAAUGGCUUAUUCCGAUCAUUGAUGGUUCAAACAAGGCAGGAUCAAUGGAAUUUAGUUGUGCGUCAUCCAUUCCAGGGGACUUUUUCCCAUUACAAGUUACAUUUGUUUCGAAAACUCCAUUUGCUGAUUUACAUGCCAAGGAUGUGGUUUCUGUAGAUGAUGAAACGCCAGUCAAGUACUCAACCGAAUCAGUCUUGUUUGUGGAUAAAUAUGAAAUUGUCUAAAAAAAAUAAUUUUAGUUUCAGUUUCUUAUAAUUUUUUUUUGUCUUUAUUUUCUGUUAUAUUCGUAUUCCCCACACUAUACAACAAAAAAAAAAAAAAAAAAACAAAUAUAAAUAUACAUAUUCUCUUAUUUUUAAUACACUUAGGUACAUUAUCAUAAAAAAAUGUUUAUUAUAGUAAGGUGAGGAAGUGUGUAUAUCUUUAAGAUAACAGAAACUCUGCGCCAAUAUUUUAAACACGUUACUUUUUUUUCUCCUCUCAGCGCCAUUAAAUCAAAGUUAGAAAAAAUGUUAUGUACAUCUAGAAUGAUAUGAUUGAUAAAAAAAAAUAAACAUUUAUGCUUCACAGAGGAAAAAAACGCAUUUUUU